UCCCCGCAGGACGAGGACGUCCUGGUGCGGGGGCUGUCGGUGCUCUGCAACCUGGCCAACCAGCUCUACUACCCCUGCGAGCACGUCGCGUGGGCGGCUGACGCCGGCAUCAUCCGCGCCGGCUCUCAGAAGUGGUGGACUCUGAGCACGGCGCUCUGGGCCUCCUCCCUGCUCCUGGGCAUCCUGCGAUCCCUGAGAAUCUUGUUCCAGUUAAGAAGAAAGCUGAGGCAGCACAAGUGCAGUACAUCUUCGCCUCCGAGCCGAAGGGAAGUGAAAGCCCGAGUGAAGGCUGAAGUUCUGAGCAUCCUCGCCGACCUGGCAGAUCUCUCCAAUGCAAUCCACUGGCUGCCUCCGGGAUUUCUCUGGGCUGGACGCUUUCCUCCGUGGCUAGUAGGUCUCCUGGGGACCAUAUCUUCCCUGAUUGGUAUCUACCAAGCAUCUAGAGGAGGAAAUUCUGAAGCUGUAUAAACCACAAUUAAACUUCAGGAGCCCAAUUUUUCCAUGGUAAAAAUGCCUUUAGUGAGGCAGGGUGUAUUUUAACUUUCCUGGGUGUCGAUGAUUGUAAUUCCACGCAUCCUGUAAUUGGGGCUGUAAUCAAGAUGUCUAUUACGGAGAGGAUUGUUUGCGGUUAACAGUUUUUAUCGCUCUUCAUCAGAGAAAUCUUUCAGGCGAAUCCUCUGAAAAUCAAGAAAUCUCCUAGGAUUGGUAAAACAGAGGGGAAAAAAAAAGUCACUUCCAUCCUUCCUUCCCAUGUCCCAAAAGACAACUGCAACCCUCCAGUCUUCGCUGUCACUUAAAAAGUCAGCGUUAGGCGGAGAAACGGCCACGGUUCUGUCACACAAAACUUCUAAGGGACGGAUCCUGCGAGUUCGAGCGCCAGGCUCAGCGCUUGGUGCCUCGUCUGAACCGGGGAGGUGACGGGUAGCGUGGACGUUUCUCCGUCAGGUGUUCAGGUGUUUGAGCCCAGGGCAGAUGCCACAAGCGCAAAGAGGAGCAAGGGGCUGAGGGAGAUCGUUGGGCUGUUUUGUCUGUGACGGAUGUGUUUCUUUAGAAAGAAAUAGCAGCUGUGAGCAGUGCCUCACCAAGCUUUCUCCUGGUCUGCAUUGCUCAUUUAAGGAGAAAUAUUGGAAAUUGAGACUCCCCGGUUAAACCAGAAGCAAGCGCUGAGCCUCCAGCUGUGCCUUUGCGAAAUGCCACCGGGUGGAGCUCUUCCACCAGGCUCUGGCAGCAGCCAACGGACUUUUUUUUUUUUUUUUUUAAAAAAAAAAAGGCAGCGGAUUUUGUUGUCGCCUUUCAAAGGAGCAAUCAAACCAAUGCCAAGAUGAGUUUUACGGUUAUAUU